AUGAGUAAAAGAUCAUUAGGAUUAUGGUGGUGUAAAAUUAUUGACUUCGCCGCAUGUAUUGUUGUACUUUUCCUUUUUUUGGCAAUUUCAAUGUAUUUAAAUGUGCAACCUGCUUCUGAAGAUACUUUUGAGGAACCUUCCGAUAUGGCUGAUGAUCAAACUUAUACUGAAGCUAAAUUACUGAAUAAUAGCCCCAUUAUGGAUGAACUUCGAUAUAUCCCACACAGUACAGUGCACACAUGGAAAGAGAGAAACUAUCUCAUUCUGUUUGGUAUUCCAUCUGUAGAUGUUGAUGGUUGGAGGAGACGCCGUUAUCUGCAGCGGACUACAUGCUGGCAGUUCCCCGGUGUUGCGACAAGAUCAAAUAACUUCACUGGGGCCAUGUUGGUGUUGUAUGUACUUGCACGGCACCCAUCACAUGGCUACAACUAUUCUACUGCACUAGAGAAGGAAGCUGAUGAGUAUCAUGAUAUCAUUACACUGCCGAUGAAUGAAGGCCGUUCAUCCACUAAUAAGAGGAUUGGUACACAUGAUAAUUGGGGUAUGGAAGCCGAAGUGGGUAUGAGCAAGAAAACAUAUUAUUGGUUUGAGACGGCACUAAAGUUAUUCCCUCAUGUAAACUUCAUCUCAAAGGCUGAUGAUGAUAUAUUCUUACGUGUGCCUCAGUUUCUUACAGAUUUGCGUAGUUUACCACGAAAUGGAAUUUAUUGGGGUGGUUUUUUUCCAGCAAAAAUACGAAGAAAUAAUUCCAUACUAAAGUAUGAAUUUGCAUUGGGUCCCUGUUAUACACUUUCUAGGAAUUUAGUUGCGCAUAUCGUCUCUAAUAAAGAUAUAAGGCGUUUAGUACAACUUCCAUACACAGUGGAUCGUGAGGCUGAGUUUAUAUCUAGACGCAUGCAGCAUGAAGAUGUUAUGGUUGGACUCGUGUUGAGAACCACCAGGUAUGCGAGUGUUCACUAUGUGAUGGAGAAAAAGUGUUCAUUUCAUGAUGUUCACCAGGGAAUUCGUGUAAAUAAGGUGAAGGAAAGCUCCAUAAUGAUACAUCGUGUGCGUGAAAAGGAGUAUAAACAAUUAAUGGACCGAUUUGGAAGUCACAACGGGUCUCAGCCAAGAUAUUUAAACCGUAAUAGUAGACGUCGUUAUUCAUUUUCUUGUUUGUAG